AGGACGAGGAGGGUCAAAUUUCCAUCGCCGUGCGCUACGGGACGCCCCCCGCGGCCGCCGAUGGCGGCGUGGCCCGGCGGCCCCGCGCGCCUGCGGCCUGCGCGGUGCCUCCUGCUGCUGGCCGCGUGCUGUGGGGCGUUCGCGCUUCUGGCGCGCUGGGUAGCGCUGCCGCUGCUCUUCUGGCGCCUGGCCGAGCGCUGCGAGCGGCCGGCGCACGAGGCCGUCGGCAGCAUACAGGCCGAGGGACCGGGCGGGCCGCUCACUGUGGAGCUGCGGCGCUACGCGCCGUUGCUGGUGGCCGAGGUGCUGUUGCCCCGCUCGUUGUCGGCGGAGCAGCGCCAGGUCCUCGGCUUCCGGCAAGUGGCGGGUUACAUCUUCGGGGGCAACCGCCAGCGCCGGCGGCUGGGGGAGCUCGGGCGCUGGGUGCCCCGCUGGAUGGCGGCGGGCCCGGAGGGGCCCGAGAAGAUCGCGAUGACGGCGCCUGUGGUGCAGCAGACGGACAGCGCGGCAGGGCGCGGCGGCGGCGAGGAGGAGGCCGCCGGCCGCAUCGUGAAGGUGUCCUUCACAAUGCCAUCGAAGUAUUCCCGGCUGUCGGAGCUGCCCGUGCCCACGAACCGCAACGUGACUUUGCGCGCGGUGCCCGCCCACUACGCGGCGGUGGUCGGGUUCCGCGGCCGGCCGCCAUCGGCGGCGAAGGUGGCGAGCGUCCAGAGCGCAAUGGAGGUGGCGCUGGCCGCCGCUGGGCUCCGGCCCGAGGCUGGGCGGGGGGCGCUAGUGCACCAGUACCACGACCCCUUCGCGACGCCGCGGGUGCUACGCUGGAACGAGGUGGUGCUGCUGCUCGAGCCCGAGGGCGUGGAGGCGCGGCGGUGAGCGGCGGUCGCCGCACCCGCGGAUGGGCUGGGUCGGGAGCGCGGAAGUGGCGCCGCCCGCCGCCUUUGCGAGCGACCUCUGCUGCCGGCCCUCUCGCGCGCCCUGCUAUAGGGAGCGGCAGCCGUGCACGUGCAGCUGGCAAGAGGGCCGAGAGCAAAGCCAGCUUUGGACAGGUGCCCUUGCGUUGGGACGAUGGAGAUGUUUAACCCCGUGCCCCAGAUAAUAAAGCAUUCACCCCUUCCCACCUG